GGCAGAUAUUCCUCUGCAGGCAAUUGAUUUAAAGAGAGUAACCAUCAUGACAGGCAAUGCGAAAUACACGCUGCUGAAUCUCAGCCCUGCUGAUCUGCAGCAAUUCAUGGGGAAAAAAACAGCAUACAGCAGUAGCUGGCAAGACUUACAUCGCUGAUUGAUUUCAGUUAUCUUCAUGCUUCCCGUAGGCAGAUGGGGAUCAUAUAGCUCUGCCUUCAAGAAGGAAGGCAUUUGUUAAUUACGUUCAUUAAUUACAUGGACUCUGCCGAACGGCAUUCUCAAAUGUGGAAAACUGCAAAACGUUCAGUCGCCUUUAUUUGUUUGUAGUAAAGAUACAAAGCCUUUAGCCAAUGAUUUAAGCAAAGACUUAACUGGGCUAUCAGCCUAAAUAGCAAAGUCUUACCGGAGGGAAGCUCACAGCUUAACAUUUUAGUAAGCGAUCAAACUAAACCCAGUACCUAAAGCAGAGGCCAGCACACAACAAAAAUGCCGCUGAACACAUAUGAACUUUUACUAAACGUACAGACAAAUAAAGAAAAACUGAAGUCACGAAAUGGGAAGCGUUAAGACUUUGUUUUAUUAGCAUAUUUUUCCUCUUGUCCCUUUGUCUGUUUUUUUUUUUAAGGACAACCCGCACAGCUCUCGAUGGCAAAGCUGGCCACAAUUCUUCUGUUGUGAAAAAUUGGCAGGGGUGGGCUGAAGUUGAUUUUCUUCAUGCAUCGUUCUGCCUUUUCUUGAAAACCGCUGCGGAAGAGAGAAAACAAUCGCAAAACAGAGAGAAUUGUCAUCCAUCACUAUGAAAACCAACGUCCUGUGAGUUUGUUUUGAGCUUUCUGCCUCAUCACCUGCUGUGCUCAUCAGAUAAGCUGUGCUCCAGGCUCUCCUGGGGAGGGUUUGUCCUUGGGGAGACAUGGCCUUCCGCGGCUGGAAGUGGCUCUUCCUUGUGGGCAGGCAGAACACCUUUGCCAAGGCUUGGAGGAGCAGGAGGGGAGGCCCCCCUCUGCGCUGGAAGCGCUGCUGCCAUUGGAGCGCCGGCAAGUCUCUGGACCCCGAGGUGAAAGCAUUUUUGGAGGAGAACACGGAGGUCACCAGCAGCGGGCACCUCACGCCAGAGAUACGACUGCGCCUCCUCACCCCUCGCUGCAGGUUCUGGAGGGAAAAACCUGACCUGUGGCCUUAUGGGGACCCAUUCUGGGCAAUUUACUGGCCAGGAGGCCAAGCCCUCUCCAGGUAUAUUUUAGACAAUCCACGCAUUGUUAAAGGACGAUCGGUUUUGGAUCUUGGAAGCGGAUGUGGAGCAACAGCAAUAGCUGCUGUGAUGAGUGGUGCAUCGCAAGUCCUUGCUAAUGACAUCGACCCUAUUGCAGGAAUGGCAAUGAUCUUGAACUGUGAACUGAACCACAUGAAUCCCUUCCCCAUCACCAUUAAGAACAUCAUUAAUUCAGAGGCCGGCAACUGGGACCUCAUUGUUCUAGGAGACAUGUUUUACGAUGAACAGCUUGCUGACAGUCUGCAUCACUGGCUGAGGAAAUGCAUCAGGAUACAGCAAACUGAAGUGCUGAUUGGUGACCCCGGCAGGCAUCAGUUUUUAAGCCACAGCAUUCGCAGUCAGUUGCACAAAGUUAUAGAAUAUUCACUUCCCGAGUAUACUAGACAAGAAAACAAUGGAUUAACAUCAAGUAUCGUCUGGAGUUACCAGCCCUCAAAUAGCUUAGAAAACUCUUGAAGCUGGCUUUCUAAUGAAUUUUGUCUCACUUGGUUGGCUUUUUUUCAAAGUAUGUAAAAUGAUAACGGGAAUGAAACACGGAACCUAUCUGUUGAUGCAAAGUAGGUUACUGUACCUUCACUGUACUGGUGUCAGUUGUACUCACUGAGGCUUUCGCUCCAUUUGAGGUAAAAACUACAUGCAAACUGUAUUCAAAGGGGCCUGCGUUGAAGUGCAAAUCCCAAAACAAGUUACAUGCAAGAGUUUGCAUGCUUGAUGUUUUUCAUGUAUAUUCAUGUCUUGCUCCCUGACACUAUUGUGAAAUGUCUUGGACGCCCAGCAUACUGCUGUGGGGAGAAGGCAGUGGCUGAAAGAUUACUGCACUGCUUUCACAGACUUCUGCAGCUUAUUGACAGAGAAAAUUAUUGCUGUCCUUCAUAAAACUCUCCGCUAGAUUAUUAGCUCAUACUAUGCUCAACUUAAAGUGCCUUGUUCUUUUUCUGGAUAUCUCUUCUGAAUGUCAAACUAACUAAUUUGAAUCUCCCCCUUCCCCUCUACAAUAAAAAUUACUCUUCCUUGA